ACAUCUUUCAAGGGUGGCUCUGAUGUGCUGGAGGACUUUGGGCUCUUGAGCUUGUUUUCUUUUUUUUAUUUGGCCAUGGUUGCAGUGGUUGGGGCAGAUUUGAGAGUUGAAAGGUUUGAGAUAAUAUUGAUUGAAGCAGAUUGGGAGGUUAAUUAUUCUCUUUUCUUUACAUUCUGAAUGGUGUCCAGAUUAUAAAAACAAAGCCAGAGCUCCAACUGGCGGUCACACAGGCUGAAAGCAGGUACAUGAGGAGAUCAGCCGGUGCAUGUGGCUUUGGCUGGUCUAACAAAUGCUAUAAAACUAAAUGUAUCUGGCUGUUGAGGCAGCAGGCCCGAUCAUUACUGCAGAAUUGGCGCGGCAGCGCACCGUAGAUGCCACUGUCGGCUCUGUAUCCGUCUGCAUACAGGAUAAAGCAUGGGACAUACUGGUUGAUCAACCCCGCGUUCCAGCGUUCGGUGGAGGAUGUCAACUUGCUUUUUGAGAUCCUGCUGGCUGGAAUGCAGAUAGAAGGCGCAGAACACUCCAUGCUGAUCCCAGACGAGGAGCUGGCCUCCAUGAGGAGCGUCGAGAAGCUGGAGGUCAUCUGUGACGACAUCCUGCCCAAGAGGCUCUCCGACAUUCGCCGUCUCACGGCAGAGCUCGCCCAGCGCCGGCAGCCUCUGAGCCAGCAGGACUUUGAGAGGACAGUGCUGACGCUGGUCUACACGACUCAGACGCUGGCUCGAGUCAGCAGCCGGCAGGAGAGAGAGGCGUGGACGGACGCUGUGGUCCAGCUGUUCAGAGCUGUUCAGAAAGACCUCAAACUCUCAUGAACUGAUGUGUGGGGCAGCGUUUGGAAGGAAAUCCUUUCAAUAAAUGAACUCCAGGUCUUUCAAUUUUUUUUUUUUUUUUUUUAAACAUUCUUCUUGAGGACAGAAUACCCAAUAUGUAUAUAAAAAGAAUAAAUAAAAGAUGAAGCAUUGUAUCAUUUUGUGAGUGAUACAUUCCUUAUCUGUGGGGGGAAAAAAAGCAAGGUCUCAUCACAGCAUGUAUCAAGUACAUAAACGUGCUUUCUUUAUGUGUGGGUGUUGUGGCAGAUUUACAUAAAAGAUGAAACAACCCAAUCACAAAAUGAAUGUUGUCGAUGUUUACUUCAGCAAACAGCGUAUUUCCAGUUGUAUGUUGAGACAAUACUGUGUUUCUGAGUAGGUUUAGACACAAAAACCAGCUGGUUAGGGUUAGGAAAAUAUCAUGCCUUGGCUUAAAAUAGAAGUUUUGCACAAACACGGCCAGAGAUGCUUCAACAUCCACGAGAAAAUAUCUGGAAUUUGUCACCACAAGUUAAUCUGGAAAUCGUCCAGCAUAUGUCUGACACUUCUGAAAUGGAGGUCCACUCCUGAUGUUGGUACAUUGUCAGCAACACUGAGUAGUUCACAGAAUCCUUAACCAACAUUUAAUCCUGGCGACUUGGCCAAGAUCGAAUAUGAAGUUGUGUCUUAGACCACUGGAACACACUGAUCUGGUUGCUUUAUUAACCAUAUUACUCCUCUA